CAAUGACAAAAACGCUCUUUUUUUUUUUAAAUAAACAUUUUAAGUGCAACAUAGUGAAAUUUACAAAUUAAGAAGUAACAUCAAUUAAAUGCAAGGUUUUUCAGAAAUGUUUUUAUUAAGUUUUGUGAGAUAGUCGAUCCUUUAGAUAUUUGUGGUCAAAGGCUCCGGACAUAAAUUUAAAGAAACACAAAAGUAAACAUAUAAUCGAAAACUGAUAAAAGUAACUACGAUGUCACUUAUUUUUAAGUAAUCUAAACGGAUAUUCCUAUACUGAUUCAGACUAUUAAUCUAAUCCUAUAAUCUGACAAUAAUUACUCGCAAUCAUUAUUCAAGCAGCAUGAAUCCGACAUUGGUGUUUAGAUAAAAUUAAUAAACUACAAAUAUCAAUUAAACAGAAUUCGGACUUUUGAUUUUUAAGCAAAUCAAGCAAAGACAACACAGAUAUAAAAAAAAAAAAAAAAAAAAAACACAGAUAUAAGACAACACAGAUAUAACGUGAGAUCAACUUGCUAAUUCACGUCAACGAUUUUGAUUAGAUUACGUGAACUAUGAAUAUAAAAGUAAAAAGGAGAAAAAAAUAACAAUAUAACUGAAGUUAAAAGACUCAACUAUAAUGGCUCGUGUUCUCUUCACCUUAAUCAGCUUCGAUCCACCACAUAAUCUUUCUUUUUUUUAUCUUCCGGUGAGUCUCCGUUGGGAGGCAAGUGAAGUAUGUCCUCCUCGUUGGUGAGAAUGGUGCUUUUUUGUUUAAGACCGGUGCGGCGGUACGCUCUUAUGAUCAAGGACGAUGAAGACGACAGUGAUGGUCACGACGACUCGCUCCUUUGGUCUAGGGAACUACAGAGGCAUUCUUUAGGUGAUUUCUCCAUGGCCGUGGUGCAAGGUAACGAGGUCAUUGAGGAUCACAGCCAAGUUGAGACUGGGAAAGGAGCAGUCUUCGUCGGAGUUUACGAUGGUCACGGUGGUCCCGAAGCUUCUAGAUACAUCUCUGACCAUCUCUUUGCCCAUUUAAUGAGAAAUUCGAGAGAACGUGGUGUCAUUACAGAGGAAACUCUUAGGGCUGCGUUUUCUGCAACCGAGCGAGGGUUCCUCACGCUUGUGCGAAGGACACGUGGAUUGAAACCGUUGAUUGCAGCCGCUGGAUCUUGCUGUCUUGUCGGAGUUAUCAGGAAAGGGACCUUGCUUAUCGCUAACCUUGGUGAUUCCCGUGCCGUGCUUGGCUACAUGAGUAGGUCAAACAAGAUUGUAGCUGAGCAAUUGACGAGUGACCACAAUGCUGCUCAGGAAGAAGUCAGACAAGAGCUUAGGUCAUUGCAUCCGGAUGAUGCGCGCAUCGUUGUCCACAAACAGGGUGUGUGGCGCAUCAAAGGAAUCAUUCAGGUAUCUAGAUCAAUAGGUGAUGCGUACCUGAAGCGCCCAGAGUUCUCUCUUGGUCCUUCGUUUCCACGGUUCCACCUCCCUGAAGGGCUACAAAGACCGGUUCUAUCAGCAGAACCUUGCGUCUACACAAGAGUCUUACAAACAAGCGAUAAGUUUGUGAUAUUCGCAUCAGAUGGACUCUGGGAACACGUGACCAACCAGCAAGCUGUAGAGAUAGUCAAUAAACAUCCUCGUCCUGGAAUAGCCAGAAGGCUGGUGAGAAGAGCGAUGAACAUAGCAGCGAAGAAGAGAGAUAUAACGUACGAUGAUUUGAAGAAAGUGGAGAGAGGAGUUCGGAGAUUCUUUCAUGAUGAUAUAACGGUGGCUGUGAUAUUCAUAGACAAUGAGCUUCUUAUGGUGGAGAAAGCUACUGUUCCUGAGCUAUCUAUUAAAGGUUUCUCUCAUACCGUUGGACCUUCCAAGUUCAGUCUCCUCUUCUCUUAAAAGAAAGUGUGUUUUUUUUUUUACAUUUAUUAUAUAUUUUACUCCCGUAGUUGCAACAUGUAGUUAAUAAAUAUUCCAAAAUAUACUUUCAUAGUAUAUGUUUUCAAAUGGAUGAAUUGAAAAGCGUGAUUCA